AUGCCACAGAGAAUUACCAACGGCUCUUCACAUCAGAACCCGGCUUUUGAGGUCAUAAUAUGCGGCGCCGGACUGGGUGGCCUUGGUGCAGCAAUAGCACUCGCCCGUAAAGGUCAUAAAGUAACUGUUCUAGAAGCCGCCUCUAAGCUGUCCGAAGUCGGCGCUGGUAUCCAGAUUCCCCCAAACAGCUCUAGAGUUCUCGAUCGUUACGGACUUACGCCCAAGUUUCUUGAAAAAGUCGUCUGGCCGCAGAAAUUCUCGUUCCGCCGCUACAGCACAGGCGAACUCCUCGGUGCCACUCCCUUGCACCCUCACCUGACCGAGCGCUAUGGCUUCCCCUAUUGGCUCAUCCACCGUGCGGACUACCAACGGCUUCUUUACGAUGCCGCUCUUGCUGCCGGCGCUACCGUUCACUUGCGUAGGGCCAUCUCGACCGUCGAUGAUUCAGGUCCUUGUCCAUCUGUUACCCUCAAAGACGGCAGCCGCCUCGAGGCCGAUCUCAUCAUCGGCGCUGACGGCAUCCGCUCCAGAGUUCGCUCUUCUAUCCUGCCGGCUCCGGCUAACCUCAUCGUGGCGAACGCUUCGGCAAACAAUUCUUAUCGUGCCACCGUUCCGGUCGAAGUCAUGUCUGCCGAUCCCGUAAUCUCCCACCUCAUGACGGACAUCAACGCGAACUGCUGGAUUGGACACCAACGUCACGUAAUGGCGUACCCAAUCAGGAACGGCGCGAUGUACAAUCUCGUGCUGAGCCAUCCAGCAGGCGAUAAUGCGCAGGCGGGGAUGUGGAACGAGCCGGGGAACCUGGACGAAAUGAAUGAAUGCUACAAGGAAUUUGAUCCCGUAAUCAGACGAGUACUAUCGAAAGUCGAGAGCUGUCUGAAUUGGAAGGUGGCGGAUCUGCCGUCCUUGCCCACAUGGUUGAGCCAGUGUGGCAGAGUGGCCCUCCUUGGUGAUGCAGCGCACGCAAUGACGCCUUUCCUAGCACAAGGGGCCGCUCAAGCGAUCGAAGACGGAGCUUGUUUGGCGGAGUGCCUAGAGCGUGCUAAAGGAGUAGAAGAUAUCCCGAAGACAAUGCAAGCAUAUGAGGCAAUCAGGAAGCCUCGCGCAGAAAGAAUCCAGCAGGGCUCAAGAGAUACGAGUGCCGUGUGGCACCUACCCGAUGGUCCCAAGCAAGUGGCGAGGGAUAAGGCUUUCAAGCUGAUGGGAAAAGAAGCGGAACUGGACUCAGGCGCGGACGAUCUUGCAAAAGUGAACCCAAAUUCCUUGUCGUCGAAAGAAUUUCAGCCCUGGUUGUACGGGCACGACGUGUUCGAGCACACCCGAAGUGCGUUAGACGGGUUGCUGGGAAGUAGCGACAGCUGA